UAAAAAUAAGUUUUUAAACACUUUCUUUAAACUGUGAACAUAAACUCGUUUUCCUCUGUCACAGUGAUAUGGGAGACAAUGUAACAAGCAUCACAGAGUUCCUGCUCCUGGGGUUUCCGCUUGGCCCGAGGAGUCAGGUAUUUCUCUUUGGGCUCUUCUCCCUGUUCUAUGUCCUCACCCUGCUGGGGAACGGGGUCAUCCUGGGGCUCAUCUCCCGGGACUCCAGACUGCACACCCCCAUGUACUUCUUCCUCUCCCACCUGGCCGUCGUCGACAUCGCCUACGCCUGCAACACGGUGCCCCAGAUGCUGGUGAACCUCCUGGAUCCAGCCAAGCCCAUCUCCUUUGCUGGCUGCAUGAUGCAGACCUUUCUCUACCUGACAUUUGCUAUCACAGAAUGUCUUCUCCUGGUGGUGAUGUCCUAUGACCGGUAUGUGGCCAUCUGCCACCCUCUACGUUACACUGUCAUCAUGAGCUGGAGAGUGUGCAUCUCCCUAGCAGUGACUUCCUGGGCCAUUGGAGUCUUUCUCGCCCUGAUUCAUCUGGUGUUACUUCUACCUUUACCCCUUUGUAAGCCCCAGAAGAUCAACCACUUUUUCUGUGAAAUCAUGGCUGUACUCAAACUUGCCUGUGCAGAUACCUUCAUCAAUGAAAACAUGGUCUUGGCUGGAGCAAUUUCUGUGCUGGUGGGACCCUUGUCCUCUAUUAUAGUUUCAUAUAUGUGCAUCUUCUGUGCCAUCCUCAGGAUCCAGCCUGGGGAAGGUCAAAGAAAAGCCUUCUCCACCUGCUCCUCCCACCUCUGUGUUGUUGGACUCUUUUACGGCACAGCCAUGAUCAUGUAUGUUGGGCCCAAGUAUGGGAACCACAAGGAGCAAAAGAAAUAUCUCCUGCUGUUUCACAGCCUUUUUAAUCCCAUGCUCAACCCCCUGAUCUACAGUCUCAGGAACUCAGAAGUGAAGAAUUCUUUGAAGAGGGUGUUGGGAAUAGAAAGAGCUUUAUGAAAAGAUUAUGGCAUCACAUUUCACAGUGCCCUAGGAAGUUAUAAUUUCAAGAGGUUCCCAACCCAAC